AUGGUCGUGCGCAACGACGGGAUAUGUCAGGGAAACAUUCUGGGCAUGCACUACGGCUCCGGAUCAGAGACCAGGAGGACGGCGACGUUUCUCCCCGAUCCCUACGCGAUCGAGAUCGGGAACCCGGAGGAGGGUUUCGAGGAGAGGUGGAUGCUCGCUAUCCACGCGAUUGACACGAGAGGGGUUGUGGAUGGAUUGGGAUGCAAGGAGUGUUUGUCUGAAUUGUACAAUGUGACCGUCGAUGGUGGUAAUGGUGAUGAUGAGUGGUGCGUUGAUGUGAAGAGAUACACUUCACUCUGCCUGCGACUGGUUAUGUCGUCUAUGGUGUUGGCCACCAGCAUUCUGGAGCAAUCGGUCAAGCUGUCUAUCGCCAGGAUGGAUGAUGCUCAUGAUGGGGAAGUGAUAUGCAAGUCAGUCCCGAUCUACGGAACAGGGCACGAAGCUGGAAACGAGGCCGCCUUCGUGGUAGGGAUGAGCACCUGUUACCCUGAACCAGCACCACCAACCUGGGCAGCUGCCUUGCUCCACCGUUCGAUUUCUGCCGCUCAUGUGUUCCAUGGAUUUAGUGCAGAGUCUUGGACAAUCCUUGCUGUGUCAGGAUUAGUUGCUCUUGUUGGUGUCGUUGGCUUCAGCAUCUGGCUAAAGAAGCAGAGGGGAGCGGAAGAUGGCUACCAAGUCAUUAUGGCAUGAGCUUAGUAUGAUAGACUUGAUAGUCCGUUUUAGUUUUCUGUUGUAGUGUCCAAAUAGAAUGAAAUUAGACGUCUAAAAAAACAUGUUUAGUUAGGUUGUAAGUCCAUUACCGUGAGUCUUGUAGCAAAUAGAUUGC